CCAGAGCUGCUGAGAACCAGAAAAGGGGAGGCAGCAGAUCUAUUCCACCUUGAAAAUUGAUAAAACAAAAAAUAAAUACUUUUCAGUAAGGAGAAAACUGAUGCUGUUAGAAACAGAGAUGCUUUUAUAAAUGUGCAAUGAGCUGAGGCCUUUUUAAAGAUGGAUUUUCUUCGCGAGGAGAAGGACUUAUGAGCAUUUUUUGGCUCUUUACGCUGCAUUUUCAUAAUUAGGCAGCUAAGGAUCAUCAUAAAUCAUUUUCCAGAAGUAAUUGUGGAUGGAGGGGCCAGGCAGUCCUCGCUUCAGAAAGCUGCAUUUCCCAGUCGGUUUGUGGAUCAACUCUCCCAGGAAACACUUUGCCAAACUAGGACGUCGUUGGCCCAGCGCCAUAUCUGUCAAGUCCACUACCAGCUCUGACGCAGCCUCGCUCCACGAGGCCCCUUCCGCUCCUUCCUCUUCCCUUUCUACCUCCACCCCCUCGCUGGCUUCCCCUUCCCCAUCUCCGUCUCCUUCCCCGGCUGUCCUCAGGCCUCGGCCCGCCGGCACCCAGUCUCGCACAAAGCGCCUCUCCCAUCUCUUCCUGAGGGGGCGCUCCAACAGUGACCGGGACCGGGCCGUGGGGGAGACGGAGAGAGAGAUCUGGGCUCAUUCGGCCGCCCCUUCCUCCCACCACUACUUGGCCCCUGGCUCGUCGUCGGGCCUGAUCAAGAUCUAUGGGGAUGCUCUCUACGGCGGAGCCAACUAUCGCUCCCUGCUGGCAAACAUUCACUCCACAGCCAGGCAGCUUAUCGGCCAGGUCAUCACCCGCUACACUGACAGAGAACGAGAGGAGACAGAUGAUGCAGUUGUCCAGAAACACAGCCCUGAGGACUUCCUGUUGUGUGAUGUCAUUGGAAAGCCAGUCCAGCAGCCAGAUGGAGCUACCAAAUGGGAGACAGAGUGCCGCAGAGGUGUUGCCCCAUGGGAAUGUCCUCUGCUGUUAGUGGACAUGUGGCGGCCUAAGGAUGGGUUUGAGCGGCGCUUUGAAAUCCAAAGAAAGGCAGACUACGAGAGGGAGGAAAGAGAGAGGGAGAUGGAGCGGGAGAAGGAAGGGGAGAGCUACAGAGGUGUGCGCUGGAGGCGGAGUAGAAUGGCGUCUGGACCGGAGGAAGGCGAGCGUGGUCACCGUAGCAGGAACAGCGAUCUCCGGAGGAGCAUCAGCGACAUGAACUUGAGUCUGCGCCGACGGCAAGGCAACCAUGUCAGCAAUGACCCACACGGUCCAGGCAACCAUCCCACCAACAGCAGUGGGGUGCAGGACAGAAAGAACAUCGUGAGCAUGAUCAACCCACUGCCAGGAGAGGUCAGAGCAUCAAGAGCUGAAGCGAAGGUCAGAUGGACGAACCAACCAGUUGACAAUGAGAAGGACUAUUCCAGCUGUGACCUGGAAGUGAUGUCACAAAGCCUGAUCCUUCCGCCUACAGACCGGCCCUAUUUCCUGUUGCUGCAGGGUUACGAUCAGAGCAAGGAUUUUGUUUUGUACAUCAUGGCGGGGCAUACGCAUGUUUUUGGGAGAAAACCAACCAUAAAGGAGAGAGAGAAGGACAGAGAACGAGAGAGGAAGGGGAAGAAGCCCUUGAAGGUGGACACCUUCCUGUCCGCUCCGGACCUUUUGGUCAGACACCUGCUGGUCAGGAGAGACGCUGCUGUUCCAGAGACGCCCACUGGACAAGCUCUGAUACGACCCUUCAGAGGAGGCGAAGUCACGCACAAUGGAGUGGCCCUGUACAGGGAGGCUGUCCUAAGGCCUGGGGAUGUGAUUGGUCUGGGGAACUACUUCCUGUUCUUGUACCGUGACCCUCGCGUGACCCCUGCCCCGCCGCUUGCACUGACGCUGCAAUGGCAGGCUGACACCUCCACCACCUGCUGCCCUUCAGGUCUGGUGGACAGACAAGAGGCACUGAGGCAUUACCUCGGCUCCUCGGAGGCGGUGUUGAAGUUCCAUUCUCGUCACGCAGAUACCUUGUUACAGGAGAUAAUCUCUAAAAAUUCCUCUCCAGACUCCGGCGGGGGGCCUUUAGCUCCGGCAUAUCUGCUGUCAAUCAUGAUUGACCACGCCUCCAAACACCUUGAUCCUGCUCUCACACCACAGAUAUUACUCAAAUCAGCCAAUCUAAUCAAAGAAAUUGUCUGGGAUAACAUUAAGGAAUUCGGGGAUAAGCAUCCCACGCAAAACUCCACAGAACAGGAAGCGGAGAUAAGCACGCCCAAUGUCCAAAAGCUGUCAGCCGACCUGCGGCCCCUCAUGUUCUGGAUGUCCAACGCGACAGAGCUCCUCAACUUCUUCCAGGUCAAAGUGGAAAAUAUGGAAAAGGAGUGGGAAUUUGAAGCCCCCGGGGAUCCGGUUUUGACAGCUGACAUGGACACCUGCUCAGAGGCGCUGGCACAGCUGGAUGAUGUCAUUAUGCACACCUUCCAGCAGUGUGUGUAUCACCUCACCAAGACCCUGUACUCCCUUCUUCCAGCUCUCCUGGACACCAACCCCUUUUCCAACGAGGAGAAAGAGAAAGAAAAGGAUGCAGGCGCAGAGGGAGAAGAGAAGAAGGAAGGAGAAGGAGACGACGUGUCCGUCUUACCUCCGAAGGUGGCAGGACUGGUGGAAGUGUAUCGCUGCUCCCUGAUGCUGUCUCGUGAGGCCUGUCUCUCUCCGCCACUCACCUCCCAGACUUUUGGUUACCUCUUCUUCUUCACCAACACUUCCCUGCUAAAUACUUUGCUGGAAAGAGAUGGGCUGUUUUCAUGGUCCAGAGCAGUCCAGAUCCGAACAAACCUGGACCUGGUUCUGGACUGGCUGCAGGGAGCAGGGUUAGGAGACAUAGCUUCAGAGUUUUUGAAGAAACUUUCCGUCACUGUCAACUUUCUGUGUGUUCCUAAAACCCGACUCAUUCAGUCCUCGUGGUCCAGUCUAAAGGAAGAGCAUGAACUGCUAAGUCCUGCCCAGCUGCACCACCUGCUCACUCAUUACAAACUGGGACCAACCAGAGCUCCACCAGCGUCCUGGGCUCCUCCACCUGACACAGAUCUGAGUGGAGACAUCUUUGAGAGCUUUCUGGACCACCCGCCUCUCAUCCUGCCCAAUGAGACACCCCGCCUUGACCUCUCGCAGCCAAUCCCAAGCCCCGAGCUCCAAAAGGAAGUGACUCGUCUCCGCACCUUCCUGUGGGGCCUUGAUCAGGAUGAGCUCCCUGCCAAUCAGAGGACUCGGCUCUGAAGAGGACCAGACCAGAUAAAAAAAAAGCAAACUGUAUGGGUGUCCUAUGUUUGAUCGUCAUAUCAUUUCCUUUAACUCAGUUUUAUUUUCUUUUAAAUUUCAAGCAAAACACUUAUACUGGUUUUGUUAUGUCUGAUUCAAUUUAAAACAGAGUGUAAACAUCCAUAUCUGCUGGGCCACACAGUGUUAUGCUUUCUAUGACUCUUUCACUUGGCUUCCUUAUAUGUUUUUAAAUGUCUUGUUUGGAAUAAAAUGCUGAAUUCUUGUCUAAAAGCCUU